AUGUCGUCCGACUCGGUGAAACUGUCGAAAAAUCUUCUCCGCAUGAAGUUCAUGCAGAGAGGAUUGGACGCGGAGACCAAAGAGCAGCUGCGAGAGGACGACAAACGGAUCAUCAGUGAUCAGCACUGGUACCUGGACCUACCCCAACAAGCCGCCAAAGAGAACAUGAUCGUGGAAGAGAAAAGCGUGGUUCAGCUGGAGGAGCUUUUGUACGGCCGCGUGUCCUUCAAAGGUUUCAACCCGGAAGUGGAGAAGCUGAUGGCGUCCAUCAAUCCUCGCGGACGAGAAGAAGCCGACGUGGACAUCGGACGCAUGCAGACGGACGUGACGGACGAAGAGAUGGCUCUACGGUACGAGAGUUUAGUGGGAAGCCUGAAAAAGAAGUUCGCCAGCAAGCGCCAAAGAUCGUCCGUCGAAGAGGAGCCGGACGCCGACCGGGAUGACAAGAAGAGAAUGUUCGUCAAGCCUCGCGAUUGA